AUGGGUGAGCGAUGUGAAAGAAUUUGUGUGCAGAAUCAUAAAAACGUUCUGAAGGAGAAAUUUCAGUGUUUGAAUGAAGGAAUCUUCAAGCAGGGAAACCCAACACUCCUCAAUGAGAUCUACACAGAGGUCUACAUCACAGAGGGGGGCAGUGGAGAGGUCAAUGAUGAACACGAGGUAAGACAGAUUGAGGCAGCAUCCAAGAGAUCAGCUACACAUGACAAACCAAUCAAAUGCAAUGACAUCUUCAAACCCUUACCUGGACAAGAAAAGGACAUUAGAACUGUGAUGACAAAGGGAGUGGCUGGCAUUGGGAAAACAGUCUCUGUACAGAAGUUCAUUUUGGACUGGGCUGAAGAAAAAGCCAAUCAGGAUGUCCACUUCAUAUUUCCUCUUCCUUUCCGUGAGCUUAAUUUAGUGAAGGAGGAACAUCUCAGUUUAGUGGGUCUGAUUAAACGAUUCUUUGGUGACAUCAAAGAUUUCAGCAUCUUCACUGAAGACAAAUGCAAAGUGCUGUUCAUCUUCGAUGGUCUCGAUGAGUGUCGGAUUCCUCUGAAUUUCCACUCCAACCCAAAGUGUUGUGAUGUAACAGAAGCAACCACAGUGUCUGCUUUGCUCACAAACCUCAUCCAGGGGAAUCUUCUGCCCUCUGCUCUCCUGUGGAUCACCUCCAGACCAGCAGCAGCCAAUCAGAUCCCUCCUAUGGACCAGGUUACUGAGGUACGGGGGUUUAAUGACCCCCAGAAGGAGGAGUACUUCAGGAAGAGAGUCAGUGAUGAGGACCUGGCUAGCAGAACCAUUGGCCACCUGAAGUCAUCCAGGAGCCUCUUCAUCAUGUGCCACAUUCCUGUCUUCUGCUGGAUUGCAGCUACUGUGCUAGAGAUAAUGUUGAGGGAAGGAAACACUGGAGAGAUUCCCAAGACUCUGACUCAAAUGUACACACACUUCCUGAUGAUUCAGACAGAAGUCAAACAAAGAUACACAAACAGAGAAAAGACAGACGAAGGGAUGAUUUUCAAACUGGGGAAACUUGCUUUUCAGCAGCUUGAGAAGGGCAAUCUGAUCUUCUAUGAAGAAGACCUGAGAGAGUGUGACAUUGAAGUCACAGAGGCAUCAGUGUACUCUGGCGUGUGUACUCAGAUCUUCAGGGAGGAGGCCGGGCUGUACCAGGGGAAGGUGUUCUGCUUUGUGCAUCUCAGCAUUCAGGAGCAUCUUGCUGCAUUAUACGUGCACCUCGCUCUUGUCAUACAGAAGGAAAAUGUUCUAAAAAAAGUCACACUGCGAUCCAUGAUUGGUCAGUUUUUCAGGUCCCCAUCUUUUACUGUGUCUGUCUAUGAGCUACACAAGACAGCAGUAGAUCUGGCCUUGCAGAGCAAAAAUGGACACCUGGACCUUUUCCUCCGCUUCCUCCUGGGCCUCUCACUGGAGUCCAAUCAGAAGCUCUUGAGUGCUCUGCUGCCACAGACAACCAUCCAAUCACAGCGCACAGAUGAAACUGUCCAGUAUGUCAAGAAGAAGAUCAGAGAGAAUCCCUCUUCAGAGAAAUGCCUGAAUCUGUUCCACUGCCUCAAUGAGCUGAAUGACCAGUCCCUAGUGGAGGAAAUCCAAAGCUACCUGAAGACAACAGGAGGUCUAACGAGAGCCGAUCUCUCCCCUGUACAGUGGUCAGCUGUGGUGUUUGUGUUGCUGACCUCAGAACAGGAGCUGGAUGAGUUUGACCUGAGUAAAUAUGGCAGAACAGACAAAUGUCUACAAGGGCUUCUGCCUGUGGUCAAGGCCUCCAGAUCAGCACAGCUGGGUAACUGUGACCUGACAGGGAAAAGCUGUUCCUCUCUGGCUGCAGCCCUCAGCUCAGGCUCAAGUCUCAGACAGCUGGACCUGAGGGGCAAUAAACUGCAGGACUCUGGAGUGGCACUUCUUAGUGCUGCAUUAGGAAAUCCACUCUGUCAACUGGAGACACUAACGCUGCGUUACUGUAAGCUGACAGGGAAAAGCUGUUCCUCUCUGGCUGCAGCCCUCAGCUCAGGCUCAAGUCUCAGACAGCUGGACCUGAGUGGCAAUAAUCUGCAGGACUCUGGAGUGGCACUUCUUAGUGCUGCAUUAGGAAAUCCACUCUGUCAACUGGAGACACUAACACUGGGUCAUCCUUAUGGUACCUUGAGAAGGGAGAUUCAAGCAGCAGCAGCAGCCUCCAGUAGCAGCUCCCACUCCUCAGAUGCUGCAGAGCUGCACCUUACACACAACACCCAGCAGUAUCCAGGAGCACAGCUGCUCUCUACUCACACCACACAGAGGGGUUGUGAACGCUGUGCUGAAGUUCCAGACACCAGUCACUGGAUUCUGGUGAAGCCUGUAGUCUCCACAGAGAAGAACAUCUCAACCUACAGUCUGAGCUCUUCUGCAGGGAGCUAUCAGUGUUCAAUGUCCAGUCUGCGUUGGUCGUGUAUUGGUCCAAUCAACAUGCAGUACCACUUCAUGGACUGGUAUGUCUUUUCUGAAGAGCUGGCCCACAUGCAGUGCAGUCCAGCUGGUCCUCUGAUGGACAUCAAGCUCACAUCAGGAGAGCUGGAGGAGAUCCACCUGCCUCAUUUCCUGUGUUUGGGGGAUGAUAAGGUAUCUGUGCGUGAUGCUGUGAGGGUUCUGCAUGGUCAUGACAGCGGAGUGUGUGUGGAGGUGUGUGAGCUGACCCGACACCAUACCAGAAUUGUCCAGCCCUCCCUCUCUCCCUGGGGGCCGGUGCGGAGUGUUGUGGAAUAUCUGUUCCCUCCCACUGUCCACUGUGAGCUGCUGCUCUUCUAUACCAGUACUUCUCCUCUGAAGCUCCACGUCUACCUGGUGCCGAAUGACCCAGCUCACAUCCAGGCCAUCAAACAGAAAGAGAAGGAGGGUGAAGAUACACCUAAGGGGGUGAGGAUCGACAAACCAGGUGCAGUGGGCCCUCUCCGGCAAGAUGCUAGUGUUCGUGUGCAUGUGAAGUCAUUGUGUCAGUCGUGUAAGCCGGUGAUCCAACCCGAAAAGAUGAACCUAUUGCCUCUUUCCACGUCUAACUACUGUGAGGUUAAAAUGAAGCACACAGACAGAACACCCAUGGAGCACCCAGACACCUUUGAUGUGGAGGUCGUCAAAGAGAACGGAGAGACAGUCUGCAAGAGGACGAUCGACAGCGACGACCUGAAGUCUUCAGGUUCAAGAGGAAGCAGUUCUGAAAGUGCAUCAAAAUACAUGGUUGGAGACAAGCACUUCAUCGACAAGAACUUCGUUCAGCUAAUAAAUGGAGUUUCCAAUGUGGAUCCAGUUCUGGACCGUUUGCGGCAGGAGGACGUCAUCACCUGGGAGACCUACAAUAAGAUCCGUAGUCAACCAACCAGCGAGGGCAAGAUGAGGGAGCUCCUAAGCAGCAUCUGUGGUAGAGCAGGAGCCAAAGACAAACUGUAUGAGGUGCUGAUGGAGGUAGAGCCCCACUUCAUGGAGGAAAUAAGCCAGCGGCAGUAAUUAUUUUAACAGCUGUUCCUGCUGAUCUCCUGGACUACCUCUUCAGGACUCUGGAUGGUUUGGAUUCCAACCAGCUGGAGAGGUGUCAGCUGUACCUGUCCGAUAAGGGGACUGUGCAGGGCUCUGACCCAACUGGCUUUAAACCAACUGGAGAAUUGUGAUGCCACAGGGGUUGC